GAGCAGUAGAGAGAGAAAGUGAGGAGAGAGAAAGAGCAGUAGAGAGAGAAAGUAGAGAGAGAGAGAGAGUGUUGGAUAUCGUUUGCGUGUGUCAGAGCUUCGGUUACUGCUCUUGGUCACUAGUCGCUGUUACCCAAACCCUAGAGAGAGAGAGUGCGAGGAGAGAGAGAGAGAGAGAGAGAGGGAGAAACCUCGCUUUCUCUCUAGAGAGAGACAAGCUUUGGAGAGGAAGAGAGGGAGAGCGAGAGAGAGAGAGGGAGUGUGGGUGGAUCGAUCAUGGUUUGGGUGGUUUCAGCGGAAUCGGAGAGAUCGAUCGGUGCUUAAUACUUAUUCCUGUUCGUGUUCUCUUUCCCCUUUAUUCCAUGGCUUUUUUGUGGGGCACACGGAAUGAGGUGAGUGGGGUUUUUACCCAAAUCUUUGUGGAGAAUCGCCCUAUCGGUUGAUUUUAGCAUCUGGGUUUUGGGAAAGGUGGCGCCUUUUUGUUGGUUUCGAUCUCCAUUGCUGCACAAAUCGAAGAUUAAUGCAUUUUAUUAGUGAUAUCACAAAUGGCUUCUCUCGUCCCCGGCGUCCUUCUCAAGCUUCUCCAACACAUGAACACGGACGUCAAGGUCGCGGGGGAGCACCGCUCCUCCCUCCUCCAGGUCGUCAGCAUCGUCCCCGCCCUCGCAGGUGGCGAUCUCUUCGCCAACAAGGGGUUCUACCUUAAAGUAUCUGAUUCGUCCCACGCCACUUACGUAUCUCUCCCCGAUGAGCACAAUGAUCUCAUCCUUAGUGAUAAGAUCCAGUUAGGGCAAUUCAUCCAUGUGGACCGCCUCGAGGCAGCCUCACCCGUCCCCAUCCUGAGGGGCGUCCGGCCGGUCCCUGGCCGUCACCCCUGCGUCGGCAACCCAGAAGAUCUCGUGGCUACCAGCUCGUCAGGGUUAGGGUUUCUGGGUAGUAAGAAGUCGCAGCCGCCCAACGGCGUGAAGGAUAAUUCAGGCCCGUCGUUGGAAAAGGAUAAGAGCAAGUUGGACAAACCAACCGGAUCUAUUAAAACUAAGGUGUCGGAAAAGGAAAAAGCUUCGUUUAGUAAGUCGAGCUUGUUGCUACCGAAACAAGCAUUAAAUGGAAGAGUGGAUAAGAAGGACUCUACUAAUGCAAGAAUAAAAUCGACGAUUUCUAGGUCGAUACCAUCAUCACCAACUAGUGUUUAUUCUUUGCCGGCAGCAUUCGAGAGAUUCUCCAAUGAAAUGAAGCAGCAACCGAAAGCCAAAGGGUUAGAGAAGGCGGCGUCUUCAAAGGUGGGUCUGUUGGAGAAGGCGGCCUCUGUUUUGAAGGUCACGACAGCUGGCAGGAAGUCGACUUCGGGGAACUUACUAGGAAAUUUGGUGCCGAGCAUUGAAUUCGGAUCCAAAGCCUUGAGAAGAAGCUGGGAGGGCAAUAUGGAGACGAAAGGAAGGGAUAGUCAUAAAUUGAAGCCGGCAAAAGUUGAGCACAAAUCUGAGACUCGGAGCACUUUAGCUCCUCGACGAAAACCACCUACAGAUGAGAAGCUCCCGCAUAAGGAGGACAACAAAGUUCAAUCGCAUUCAAAGAAAAGCACUUCAAAUUCAUCUUCAGAAGACCCAGACAAACUAACUAAAAGACCAUCCAUCAUAAAGAGGAACUCAGAGAGUUCAAACAGUGGAAAUCUUGCUAACCUAGUCAAGGUUGUCCCUUCCAGUAAAAGAUUGACAGACAGUAGCAUAUCGUGGGCGUCACUUCCGCCGUCUUUAACUAAGCUAGGGAAGGAGCUUCUACGGUACAGGGAUGCUGCACAAGCAGCUGCUAUUGAAGCAAUGCAAGAAGCCUCUGCCACAGAGAGUUUGGUUCGAUGUUUGAGUAUGUAUGUGGAGGUAAGCUCUGGCGCAAAAGAGGAGAACCCGCAACCCGCAGUGGAACAAUUCCUGGCCCUCCACGCCUCCCUCUCCCGUGCUGCCCGUGUAACUGAUUCCCUCUCCAAGACCACCAUGGUAACCGGACCGGACCCUGCCCCUGAUGGUAGUCCAACCCCGGAGGAAGCGCUCGUGAUCUCCAGCGAGACUCGUCGCCGUGCAACUGCCUGGGUCAAUGCAGCCCUCGCCACUGACCUCUCCACCUUCUCCCUCUACAAUCUCAAGCUACCACAGCUGCCUCCCUCCGCCAUGGUAACACCGUUAGCAGUGGUCCUGGAGGACCCGUCAAAGGCUACGAAGGCUUCUAAGGCAUCCCCACAAGCCAAGUCGCGGGCAGGGGUGGCACCGAAGGGCAAGGGGAGGGGGCAGGCAACUGCCGUCACCACUGCUACAGCGCCAGAGUGGGAGCGAGGCGGAGGGCUCGAGGAAGGGACAGAGCUGGCUCAGGUGCUGGGGGAGGAGGCGCAGGGGUGGUUCUUACGGUUUAUGGAGCGGUUCUUGGACACGAACACCGCAGCAGCAGCAGCUGUGCCGCCCGACCGGGAGCACAUCGCCGGGAUACUGUCGCAGCUGAAGAAGGUGAAUGACUGGCUCGGAGGGAUUGCACGGCGGAGUGAAGAGGAAGAGUCAGCGUCAGCAACAUCAAUCGAAGGUGAGGAGGCCGCAGAGGGCAGCAGCAGCGGUGGUAGUGGAGUGCCAACGGAGACUAUCGAGCGGCUAAGGAAAAAGAUCUACGAAUACCUCCUCGCUCACGUGGAUUCCGCUGCAGUCGCGCUUGGCGGCGCCGGGCCUCCGCCGCCGCCACCGCAGGGCGGAGACCGGAAGGUGAGGAAGUGAAGAUGGCGGGAAAUGGAAAUCUCAACGAUCGGCAGUUACUGCGGUUACGUGGCAGGUUACUAGCGGCUGGAUCUGAUGUAGUAAAAUCGUGUGGGUUGUGUUUGUAUGUUGUUGCGUCCCAUCUCUUCUACUCAAAAGAUGUGGGGACGUAGUGGAAGGUUUCAGGUUUUCAGGUUUUCUUUCUUUUGCUUUUAGAUUGGUGAAAGAUUGGAUCAAGGGUUGUGAUUUGUUGCGGUGAGGGAUAUUUUAACAUCAACUUUUCUUUUCUUUUUCUUUUGACAACUAAAGAGAGGGUUCAUUUUCUGUGACAUGUAUGAAUUGUAUUUUUCGUAUUGAGAAAUUUAAUGAAGAUGAAAGGAAAAAUUACGGAGAUUCAGCUUAUUCUCAAA